AUGAAACGUCAGUGUCGGGUUCAAAGGGCAGAGGUCGACGCAAACAUGGCUGCUCCCGUGGAUGACAUGUUUUCCUUCUGCGUGGACCCCGGCAAAGUUUCCAGCUGCGUGGAAGUCAGAUUUAUAGACAACGUCAAGGGUAAGGGUCUCUUCGCCAAGAGGACCAUUAAGAAGGGGGAGCCCAUCUUUACUGAGCGGCCUCUCGUCUCUGCCCAGUUCCUGUGGAAUGCUUUGUACAAAUAUAAAGCCUGUGAGUUCUGCUUACGUGCCCUGGAGACGGCAGAGGAGAAUGCGAGGAGACUCAGUGGAAACCCAGGACUCAGCCUGCCUCACCCUGAGCUCUGUUGUGUUCAGCCAGAGCGGCACCAAGCCUGUCCCCAUUGUCAGGUGAUGUACUGCAGCAUCGAGUGUCGGCAAGCAGCAGCCGAUCAGUACCAUCGCAUUCUGUGUUUGGGUCCCUCGCAGGAAGGUCCGGACCAUCCCAUCAACAAGCUCAAAGAUGCUUGGAGGACUAUGCAUUAUCCCCCAGAGACCUCCAGCAUCAUGCUCAUGGCCAGAAUGGUAGCCAUGGUCAAACAGGCUAAAGACAAAGCCCACUGGCAGAAGCUGUUUUCCCACUUCUGCAGCCGAACAGCUAACGAAGAGGAGGAGAUCGCUCACAAACUCCUUGGAGAGCAGUUCAGAGGGCAGCUGGCUUUGUUACACAGUCUGUUUACAGCAGCACUUUAUGACGACCACCUGAGUCGGUGGUUCGUUCCUGAGGGUUUUCGCUCCCUGUUUGCUCUGGUGGGGACAAACGGCCAAGGCAUCGGUACCAGCUCGCUGAGUCAGUGGGUGCACGCCUGCGAUGCACUUGAGCUUCCCGCCCAGCAGAGGGAGCAGUUGGACUCCUUUAUUGACCAGCUGUACAAGGACAUCGACAAAGAAACGGGAGACUUUCUAAACUGUGAGGGCUCUGGACUAUUUCUGCUUCAGAGCUCUUGUAACCACAGCUGCAUACCCAACGCAGAGGCAUCCUUCCCCAGCAACAAUUACCUGCUCCACCUCAGCGCCCUCAGUGAUAUCAACCCAGGAGAGGAGAUCUGCAUCAGUUAUCUGGACUGCUGCCAGCGGGACCGAAGCCGUCAUAGCAGACACAAAAUUCUGAGGACGAACUACCUGUUUGUUUGCUCAUGUCCAAAGUGCAUCUCCCAGAUGGAUGAGCUGGAUGUGACAUCAGACGAGGAAGAGGAAGAAGAAGCCGAGGCGGAAGGUGAAACAGAAGACGAGAUGACAGAUGUCUGAUGAAAGACUCGCUCAUAUUGUUCUCAGCGUCCCCAUUUCUGCCACCGCGCUAAGCAACCGUGAAGCCUAAAAGAAUAAAGAGCAGUAGAAAACGAUCAGCAUUUCAACAGAACUGUCCAAGCGUGUGAAAAAUGUCUCAUCUACGUUACUUUGUCAGUAUUAAGGCGUCUUUUGUGAUGUUGUGGCUCUGCGGGGGUUUUAAGUUCAGUGACCACCAGAUGGUGGUAGUGAGUUUUUCAGUAUGGGGGUGUUUACAUCCAUGAGCAAACAGACGUUUUUUCCCCCAUGAAAUGCUUCAUUUGUUAAUGUAAACACUGCAGUAAUUUUUGGUUGCUGAGGAGCAGAACAAACAUGUUCAAAUAGAGAAUUUAAUAUUUACAGAUCCAGCAGGUUUAAAUUUCUCAUCCAUCUGAAAUUGUGUUUGUGGCCACAAAAUGAAUGUUGUGUCUUUGGUUUGUUUUCUGCAGAAACGAGCCCUUUAACUUGUAAACCAGUUGACAUUUUAGGUCUUUUUGUUUCCUUAUGUCGUUGUUAAUGGUAUAACGUGGUCCGUCAUAAACAGCAGUUCAUUCGAUUUUCACAUUUUAUGAGGAAACUAUCUGACCUCAUCGUUAACAGGUGGUUAAAUGAGACCAGAGGUGAAUGGGAAGCUUGUUAUUGUGCCUGCUCGUCUUCGUAAAAUGAUGAAACUAGCCAUUGAGACAGCCAUGAGCACGUCUAGCUCAGCUUUACUGCAAGAGCUAAGUGUAUAGGCCACCAGUAGCCUUUUAUCUCUGAAGACAUAAAGACCUGAAAUAUGCAGAAACUAUAGAAUCAUGUAAUUGAUCCCUAUGGGCUCGUCACUAUGCAUGAACUGACACUAAUAAAAGUGGCUUUAAAGUGGCUGUAACUGUUUUACAGUGGAACAAUGUGAAAGGGGUAAGCCAACAGUUAUCAGUCAGUUUUAAGGGAGAACUCUGUGGUCUCCAUGUUCAGCUGCAAAAUAUGCUCAGCACGAACCUGACUGAAUCCCUUAGCAACCGAGUGGUGACCAAAGCGGAGCGUUUUAAUAAACAAAGAGCCAGGCAGGUAAUGCUCCCGGGAGCUGGAGACCAAAGUCUGGACUUGGAUUCAUCAGAUGGCCAGUAACAUAAUCCUUGAUAAUGAUCCAUUCCUCCAAACUGCUGGAUGUGUAAAUAAAUAACUAUUCACUAUAUUAAGGUAGAGAAGGAUUAGAUGUCAACAUGGCGUCCAUGGUUUAUUUUCACUUCACCAGAGCGGCCAGAAGGUCUGUCACUGCAGGACACGAGCAGAACGUCAGCAGUUGAAUCUAAUGCUCUGGAGCUGAGCCAAAACAAAAUGGUCUUAUUAGCUCUGACUGCAUCGCCUGUGACCUCAGAAGAGCAGCUCCUGUUCCCUGGUACUAAGGAAGCUAAAGCAAGGUUAAUUUGGUUCUCAGGUUAUUUGUUCCUUACAAGCUAUGCAUACUGUACCGAGGAGCCUCCUUAUUUAUGUCUUGUUGUAAUUACAGGCCUGUCAUGUGGGAGGAAUCCAGCUUGGGAAGAGUUUGGUUUUCAAACCAUGAUCUAUGAGGUUAAUGCUUAAUGCAUUAUUGAGACCUUGAGUGGAAAAUUGCUUUGUCAGUAACUGUUUGCCCUUCUUUGAGAACUGUAUUUCAAACUGCAGUUCCACAUGAGCAAAACUUCUGCUGCCCACACAUGAAUCAAUAUUACAACAAUGGCUCUAAUCACAAAUCCUAAUAUUUUUGGUUACUCAAAGAUUGGAAAUAUUGAAUGAGUAAUCCCAAUUUUCUCAGUUGGCUACAGAGCAGCGGCACACUACAACAUGUAUAAUUUAAAUGUAACCUCAGCAAAUAGGAAUCUAGCGGUGGUCAUUUUUACUUAUAAACUAUUUAAAUUGGA